AUGAACAAACUGUGGGUGCGCAUGCAGCACCAGGGACAUACGCGCGACAAAGACAAGCGGGAGCAGGAGAGACGCGAGCUGCGUAUCCUUGUUGGUACUAACCUGGUUCGCCUCAGCCAGUUAGAGUGCGUUGACAUGGAGAUGUAUAAAAGGCAUAUCCUGACUGGUGUGUUGGAGCAGACAGUUAGCUGUAGAGAUCCCAUAGCACAGGAAUACUUGAUGGAGUGUAUUAUACAGGUAUUUCCAGACGAGUUCCACCUCCAAACGCUGACCGGGUUCUUAAAGGCCUGCGCUGACCUUCACCCUGAUGUCAAUGUCAAGAACAUCAUCAUAGCUCUUAUUGACAGACUUGCCCAAUUUGCCAACAAAGAGGAAGGUGUUGGUAUACCACGAGACAUCCAACUUUUCGAUAUAUUUUCACAGCAGAUUUCUGAAGUCAUUCAGAAUUGUCCUGAUAUGCCUCCUGAGGACAUCGUUUCCCUACAGGUGGCGCUGAUCAACCUGGCCCUGAAGUGUUACCCAGACAGGGUGGAUUACGUGGACAAGGUCCUGGAGACCACCGAGGAGAUCUUUAACAGGCUCAACCUGAACCACAUUGAGAAUUCCAGUGCAGUUUCCAAGGAGUUGAUGCGCCUUAUGAAGAUCCCAGUGGACAGCUAUAAUAACAUACUGACCGUUCUGCAGCUGGAGCACUUCGGUGCACUCUUUGAGUACUUUGACUUUGCCGCCAAGAAGAGCAUGAGCUCGUACAUUAUAGUGAAUGCAUUAGAUAAUGAUAUAAAGAUACCAUCACAGGAACAGGUUGAUGCAAUGUUGAACUUGGUGGCGCCACUGGUUUGUGACCAAGAAGGACAGCCCCAAGAUGAUAUUGACCCCGAAGAUUUCGCAGAGGAACAAGGCCUGAUGGGAAGGUUAAUUAACCUAAUGCAGGCGGAAGAUGCUGACCAACAAUACUUGAUCUUGAAUGCGGCCAGGAAACACUUUGGGAAUGGUGGGAACAUGAGGAUUAAGUACACCCUGCCUCCAUUGGUGUUUGCAGCCUACAAAUUGGCUUUCAAGUACAAAGAACUAGAAGAGGAGGAUGAUAAGUGGGAGAAAAAAUGUCAGAAGAUUUUCCAGUUUUGUCACCAGACGAUAGGAGCCCUGAUAAAGGCAGAGAUGGCCGAGGUCCCGCUUAGACUCUUUCUUCAGGGAGGACUGGCUGCUGGAGAGAUAGGAUUUGAAAACCANUCUUGUCUGAUCAAGCUGUGA